AUGGUGUUAUGUAUUGGUAAGAACUUCCCACAUCUGUCAGAUCCUGGUGUUAAAGAAUCCGACUCGCCUAGAAUUAAAUAUGUGAGUUUAUUUUAUUCAAUUUCUUUUUCUGAGCAAUUGCAAUUCCACGGUAGAGUUGACAUUUGCCAAAUAUAUCUGGCCACUGAGUUGUUAUCCUGGUUCCAGAGGCUUAUUUUUAUUAUUUUUAUUGCGAAGGGGACAGAAAAAACAAACCUCUGAUUCAUCGAGCCGCGCCAAUCAGUUUAAAUUAGGGUCAGAUCCUGACUCUGUUUCCUGAUUGGAUGAUUAUAUUAAAGCUCUCUGAUUGAUUUAAAUAAAACAUCUAUAACCAAUCAGAGAGCUUUUACACAAUCAUGCAAUCAGGAGACAGAGUCAGGAUCUGACUCUAAUUCAAACUGAUUGGCGCGGCUCGAUGAAUCACUUGCCGCUUUCAACCAGAGGUUUAUUUUAAACUUCUGGAACCAGGGUACUGAUUUGUCAGAUUCUGUCUACGAUCUUAAUUGGCGGUCCGAUAUAUAAAAAAAAAAACUAGAAAAUGUGAGGCUCGGUACUCAAUCCCCCUUCCCGAGUUGAUUCUUGAUUAAACUAAAACUUGAUAGUUUUGAGGCAGCAUCAAUUUGCUCUAAAGUUGUUCUAUGAGAUAUUUUUACUGAUUUUUAUAUACUGAUUUUUUUUUUGUGUACGUAUUUAGUCUUCGUUGCUCAAUCAGUUGCAACAGGGGUUUAGAAAUGCAAGACGUAAAAGCACCCUGCCACCAACAAAUAACAAACCAAGAAGUCUUGCAUCAAUACCGGAAGAUAAUGUCGAACAUAACAAACAAGGUGAUCAGGUGCAUGAAACUGCUUAUAGGAGAAUGUGUGAGGAAUUGAAAAAACAGUUAAACGCUACUAAAGUAAAUACCAAAGCUGUGAAGAAAUUGUUGCAAGAGACGUACCCAAUCAGAAGAAACUGGAUUUGCAACGAAGAGUUCAUGUCCAUUUCGAAGAUCUGUCAUGAGUUUCCAUUCUUGGUGAAUCCAAUAUGGGUAAAUAUAUUUUGCAUAUAAUAUAUGUGUGUUAAAAUAUACAUAUUAAUCUCUGACUUAAUUAAUUAAUCUCUGACUAUGUUGUUUAAACUACUAGGUGUUGCAGGGUGUGCAUAUAAUAUUUAAUUUAGUUGGUCAUGCUGUAAAAUGACUCGUAUGUUCCCCUAUAUUUCGGAUGACCAACACCCUAUGGACGCCUGACGCCACAACAACAGGACUAAAGCGCUUGCAGAGUAAUAAAACAAACACAAUAUUGAAAAACAAAUACAAUAUGGUGUUGUAAGUAAAAUUAUAUAUAUGUGAAUUUUGAUUUUCAAAAACCACCUUGGAGUAAACGGAAAUAACGUGACUGGUCACGAAAUGUGAUAAUGGCGAUAAUUUCUUUUGAAAGCAAAUAUUUACUCAAUCACAAGAAACAUGUAAAAAAGUUUAUAAAUUGUGAAUUCCAAGUUUCGUCAAAAAUAAAUGACGUUUAACACCGGUAAACUACAUUUAAUUUUUCACCUCGAGGUGAAAAGAAGUGUUAUUCAUUGUUUAUGAAAAAGAAAAUUAUAGCCAUGAAUAAAAAUUCCGUUUCGUCACGCGACCGGUGAAAACGGUUUGAGAUAAAAAAUUAAAAUUUCCACAUUUUUACUUGAAAUACCUAAUUGCAUUUGUUUAUCAAGGUUAUUAUACUCUGCAGUAAGUGCUUUAAUUUAGGUAGUUGUAGUUCUAUGACGUCACGUGAAAUGGGUGUGUUUCCGCGCACCCUUUGUUAAACUGGAAAUUAACGGUCCAGCGCUGCUGCUUAUGACUAUGCUACAUUGGUUAGUUUGCGUUCAUUCACCCGAAUAACCUACAUUGCUUUGGAAAACUUAUACGUUCUUCUCCCAGUUUAUAUAUUGAGAAAAAAAUUGAGAUUUGGAUUGCGUUUCCAUUUGGUAAAGUCUAGCCCGCGUGCAGGCUCAGGGCUAAGAAAAGUCUGGGUUUUUUUUAUAUAUUAUAGCAUGCAGUUUAAUAGUUGCAAUUUUGCUAAUAGCAAGCACAAUACCAUCCACGCAUGUUUACGCAUUCUCGCGUUAAACCAAAUAACCAAUAAUCAUUUGCACGUAAAAGUUGGCAAGUGGCUUUUCUUAUAGGAUUUGCAUUGUUUAUAGAUAUUACAUGAAUGCUCAUCCAUAACAGCUUUGAAAGAUGUUAAAGAGGAUGCAACAGUCAAUUUACAGUCAUGUUUUCAGCCAAUUGUCGUAGCUCUUGGAAUUACGGGAGAAUUUGAAGACAAAGAAGAUGUUACCAGCAUCAGUAAUGAAGAGAUAUGGAGGGUAUUCAAGAUGAUACAUGAUAAAUUAUGCAAGCAGAAGAAUUUUAUCAUAUUUCAGUGCGAGGUAUAUACAAUAUAAAAAUUAUUAUAAAUUUUACCUAACAUGCACAAAGUAGUAUUGUAUAGAAACAUCGCGAAAUUGACUCAGGACUUUCAACCCAUAUAAUUCUCACGUUAUAGAGAGAAACGCCAGAAACUCGUGCAGCAUGAGGGGCCGUGUUGUAUCUUAUAUGCAAACUCGAACCGACUGAGGCAGUUGUAUAUGCCUGAUGCAACAAGACCGCGCAUGCUCUAUAUCAUACUUCUCAGAAACUUAAACAGUGCAGGUGUUUUAAUUAACAAGAAAAAUUUUGGAUCAGAUAUACAAAACGCCUCAUCAAGCGCUGAUUUAUUUUCUGUUUUCCAAACCAGCUUGAUGAAUUAUAAAUUAUUUUACAACUUUAAAAAAUUUCCUUACGAUGUUUAUUACUAAUUAUCGAUGUUUAUUACCAAUUAAUAUAUUAUCUAACAGUUAAAACGUGCGAAGGUCGAUUCUAAUUCAUUGAUCAAAUUCUACAGCGCCUGUAUCAGAUCUGUCCUCGAAUACGCUUGUCAGGCCUUUCACUCAGGCCUUCCAAAUUAUUUCUCAAAAGAAAUUGAACAAAUUCAGAAAAGAGCCCUAAGAAUUAUUUUUCCUUACGUGGAUUAUAGAGAAGCGUUUGAAAUGGGAAACCUAGAAAGACUAAACGACCGUAGAGAGAAACUAUGUGAAAAACUUUAGUGAAAUUGAAGAAAAUGAAGACCACAAACUUCACGGACUUUUACCAGAAAUGAAUAAGGCUGUUUAUACCUUCAGAACAAUUAGGAAAUAUAAUCUCCCAACAAUUAAGACAAAUAGAUUUAAUUAAGGACUCUUUUAUCCCUGAGUACAUAUCACGAAAGGAAAUAAAAACGAACUUAUUUUAAAUAUUUGCAUGCAAUAUAUAUAUAUAUAUAUGAACAAUUUUUAAACAUUAGUACCAUGACGCAACAUCAUUUAACCAACGAAAUUGCGCGCUGUUUCGUACUCCGACCUUGACCGUUAUUUACUGGUUGUUAUAACUAAAAAAAUUGACCAAAUCAACCAAAAUAUUGUUGGUGAACAACCUAUAUUUAUUUGGUUGAAAUAUGCUCAAUUUGACAUUUAAAUUUUAGUCAUUUUAACUUUUGAAUAUAGGUUGGAAUAACUUUUUUAAUUAGUCAAAAUAACCAUAAAUCUUUAGUUCAAUCAACCAAUAAUUAAUACGUUAAAAUGACAUAUUACAGAUUUAUAGGUUAAAGUAACCAUUUGCGAUGGUUUGCUUUAACCUAUUUAUAAUUUUAGUUGUCUUAUUAAAACCUAUUAAAACAACCUAUUUCUUAUGGGUAUAAACCAACCCAUUUGUAAUGGUUUGUUUUAACCUAUUUAUUUUCAGUUCUUUUAACCUAUUGAAAUAACCUAUAUUUAUCGGGUUGUCCUAGACCAAACCAAAUAACCUAUUUUUUUUGUUAUUUUAACCUAUCAGUUUUUACAGUGUAUGUAUUUAUAAUUUUUAUACCAACCAAAUGUAAUUCAGUCGUAGGACUGCAAUAAUUGAGUUAAUAAACGAUUCAUCUAAAUUGUUUUUGCUUAUUUUAGGUUGGUUGCAACUUGAAAGAAUUAUUCUCAAACAAAGGCAACGAACCAUUUCUUGUCGCAAUUAUGGAAGACAAAAAAGUUCGUCAACUCUUCAUUGGGGCAGAGAAGAGAGAAUUAAUGGAGGUUGAGGAUAACUCUGUGAUAACCGCAAUAACUCUGUUG